AUGAAAGAAAGAAUUGAAGAAUUACGCAAGGAUCCCAUUUUCGGUGACAUCCCAGGAGAAACGAGUGAUAAUCGAAUGGACUUAAUGAGAUUGAUAAUGUCGGAACUUCUGCAAGGAAAUCGUCAGAAGCCAAGGUCAGAGCAAGAAGAAUGCUCCAACAUGUUCAAGAAGUUUGCUUCUCAAAAACCCCCUACUUAUGAUGGCAAGCCAGACCCUACUGAAUUUGAGGAAUGGAUUAGCGAUAUGGAGAAGUUAUCUGAUGCAACUCAAUUCCCCGAGAAAUGGAAGGUCAACUACGCCGUCUUUUACUUGAAAGGACAAGCCAACCUGUGGUGGAAAAAUGUUAAAGGAAUCCAAAAUGAGCCUGGUUUUGGUUGGGAAAAACUAACGGCAGCUAUGCGGGAACAGUUUUAUCCCUAUUCACUGCAACUGCAAAUGGAAUCAGAAUUUAUCAAAUUGAGUCAAGGAAAGAGGAAUGUUCUAGAAUAUGCAGUGAAAUUCAAUGAGCUUGCUCGAUUUGCCCCUGACCUGGUGACUACUGAUAGGCAAAGGAUGAAUCGAUUUGAAGGAGGAUUAAACAUUGAGAUCCGUGAUCGUCUCUCGAGUUCUAGAAUUUCCACUUUCCAAAUGUUGUAUGAUCGAGCAAUUAACGUCGAAAGAAUUAUCAAGCUUCGAGAAGAAACAUAUGGAAAACGAAAAGGAAACUUCGAAGAAAAUCAAACGAACAAUAAGAAACAAAAUGUUAGCUAUCAAGGAGGGAACAACGAAAACCAAAACUUUAACAAGAAUCGUGGAUGCGCCAAGUGUGGAAGAUGA